UGUUGAUGGUGGCGUUCUGUUGCAAAGGGGAACAAAAUAAGUGUAGGACUGCGUGGUCAUUAGCUUUUGCCGUUUUUCUUCAGCAGAUAUUUGGUUUUUGUAGCACAGUUGUUUUCUAACCAUAUGGUGUUGUAAGGACUUUUGAUGCCAAAUCGCUCUAAAUGGAGGGUCUUAGUAGCCGAAGAAAAACCGAAGGCGCGUGACUCCUCAUCGUUAACGAAGCAAAAUGAAACCGGAAAAGGCGACGACAGUAAACAAGAAAAAACAUCUGCGUGGCCUUUCCCAGGUGGGGACAGAUGUUUUCAGAGAGACAUCGAAGUUGUUUUCUGUCUGACAGACAGCUGUACUAGAAAAACAGCAGAAGAUCCAACUUAUACCUCAAAACCUACAGAAACAUUUCUGAACUGCAGAAGAGGAUAUCACAGGUGGAGCUGAGAUGCCUCAAAGGAAGAUCCUUCUACCAGAUCACCCCAGAGGGCAUGGUUUGUUGCCACCCAUACCUGCAGCAUCCACAUCAGAACCGGAGCAGAAACAAGACUGCAAGGAUCUCAAUGUAGAUGUCCAGCAACUUUUUCUGAUUAAAGAAGAGGACUCCUGGAGUUCCAGUCUGGACCAGCUGGGCUCAGAACUCCUCCACAUAAAGGAGGAAGAGGAGGAACUCGGGACUAACCAGGAGGGGGAACAACUCCAUGAGCAGGAGGAGACCGAUAUCAGCCGGUUCUCAGUUACUGUUGUUACUGUGAAGAGUGAAGAUGAAGAAGAGAAACCUCAGUCAUCACAGCUUCAUCAGUUCAAAAGUGAAACCAACAGAGAGACAGAACCGCCAACCUGCAGCUCAGCGACGCAGACAAAAGCAGAAACGGAUGAAGAGGACUGUGGUGGUCCAGAGCAAGACAAGAACCCAGAUCCACAUAGGUGUUUGCAAGCUAAUCAUCCCAAUGUAAAGGUUUCAGACUCUUCAGAGACUGAAGUAAGUGAUGAUGAUGAUGAUUUUUGUCAAAAAUCCCCUGAUUCUGAACAUAAACCAGAAGACAGAGACCCUGACUGGUGGACCACUGAAUCAGUUGGAAAUCAUGUUGAAGGAUGUAACACGGCCAAAAAGUCCUUCCCCUGCUCAUACUGUGGAAAACUUUUCAACACCAAGUAUUCGCUUGAACGACACUGGCAGGUCCACACAGGGGAGAAACCUUUCAGCUGUGACGUUUGUGGUAAAAGAUUUAACAACAAAUCACACCUGAAGUCACAUAUGAACCUCCACACAGGAGAAAAACAGUUUGGUUGUGAUGUUUGUGGUAAAAGAUUUAACCAAAACACGUGUCUAAAGAAACAUAUGAGAGUCCACACGGGUGAGAAGCCAUAUGGCUGUGAUGUGUGUAAUAAAAGAUUCAGUCUAAACUCAAAUCUUAGGACACACAUGAGAAUCCACACGGGCGAGAGGCCCUUUGGCUGUGUGGCUUGUGGGAAGAGAUUUAACUGCAAAACAAAUCUUAAGAUUCAUAUGCAUGUUCACACUGGAGAAAGAUCAUUUGGCUGUAAUGUCUGUGGAAAAAGAUUUAAACAAAACUCAAAUCUGAAGGCACACAUGAGUGUCCACACAGGAGACAGACUGUUUGCUUGUGAUGUUUGUUGUAAAAGAUUUAACCGAAAGGAGUACCUUCAGACCCACAUGAGACUCCACACCGGUGAGAAACCGUUUGGUUGUGAUGUUUGUGGCAAAAGAUUUAACCAGAAGGUUUAUCUUAAGACACAUAAGAUCGUCCACACGGGAGAAAAGCCGUUUGGCUGUGAUGAUUGUGGUAAACGGUUCGGUUAUCAAGGAAGUCUUGCAAAACAUCUGAGAGCCCACAAAGCUGAGAAACCAGAUGGCUGAGAUGUUUUUGGAAAUGGAUUUAACCAAAGGGCAUAUCUUCAGAUACAGACGGUUAAUGUAGGAAAAGAGAUGUUUGACUGUGAUGUUUGUGGUUAAAUAUUUAACCUAAAGGCAAACGGGAGAGACCAUAACGAGAGAAACCAUUCUGUUGUAGUUUAUGAUGAACAAAACGUUAACUAUCUGGACAAACCAGUCACUUGCGGUAAAUAAAUCAUUUUAUUAUGGUGAAAACGAGUAUUUUAGCUGUGUAAUGACAUGUUUUAUCAGUCCUGUAUGUUACACCAGUUUUUUAACUACUCAGUGGAGGCUAGGUCUAAUAUGGUCCAUACAUUGAAGGGAAAUUGAGAAGCUGAUCCAUCGAGUGGCUUUGAAGGCACGGAGAGCAGUGAGGUGGAUGGAAGUAUGAUCUAGCCUCAUAGAGCUUGUUAAAGGUCCUGAUUUUAAUAAUAAUAAUGGAUUAGAUUUAUUUUAAUGAUAUCCAUUAUUCCUUCGCUCCUCCUUCGUACUUGGUGAUGGUAAGAUACGUGCGUAGCCACAGCCGCCCGGGGAAACGUGGCGGCCAAUCACCACCGAACAUUCAUACAACAGUGAUGCUAACACUGGAGGCAAGGAGGGUGAAGUGCCUUGCCCAGGGACACAGCAGAUGACAGGUAGUGGGAUUUGAACCGCCAACCUUCCGGUCACUGGACGACCUGUUUUACCACAUUUGUUUUUCAGAUAUCAGAUUCUUAAUCUCGUAAUAUUCUCUUGUUUACCUUUCAGCUCCUGCUGAGGGGGAAGAAAACUAGCAGGAUUUUGACGCUAAACCAGAGGAGUCGGUUUCACUUAGCUUCUUAUUUUGCAUUUAUUUCAUGACAUUACUUUUCAGCAACUGAGGUUUGCUGGUGCCACUACAGUAGAAUCAGCUGGUCGUAAAACAGACAGACGGAUCUGGUUCAGAUAUCUAGAUAAAACAAAGGGAGGUUUUCUCAAAAUCAUUGGUGUUGAGCAGAUUUUGGAUCGUCAGGUUCACCUUUUAGGGGCCAUGAAUGUGGUGAGGGGGAAUUAUGAACAGGUUCUUAGCUACAAAUCAGAGCAGGACCCUUCUCUAACCACACGGUUGACAGGUGGUAGAAAGAAUUUAUACUUAAAUAUGCAGACUAGAAAAGUUUGUAUGAGGGGGCAGGAAGGGGCACUGACAGAGGAAAUAUUAUUAUUAUUAUGAUUAUUAAAACUAAUGUGGUCAUCUGAUGUAAACAGUAAAGAAAGAUGUAUAAAAACAACCCUCUGAUGGUAAAAUUAUUUAGUUAAAAUACCAAACCAUCGCUGUGGUUCAGAAUGAAUCCUGAUGGAAGUAUGACUUCUGCACCUGUAGUUCUCCGAGAUGAUGAAUAUAUCUGAGAAAGAGCAACAGGCAGUGCUUUUCAGAUAUGUUGACAAGUAUUUAGUUCCUUGUAAAGAAUUUAUUGAUCUUUAUGAGGUUUCUAUGACAACAGGAAAAAACCUAACAUAUAUGGCUGGUAAAUAUAAUGUAGCACAGGACAUUGGAAGAAUAUAACCCUCCUGAUUGUCCUUCCAAAGUGAAGCCUACCACCUAACCUCAUCCUCACUGUGUAUGAAGUUAAAAACAGGUCCUGAAAGUCUGACGCUCAGUUGAUGGUCCUGAUCUGAGUUACACAUGAAGGAAAGCGUUCUGCAGGCCAUUAGUAAAGCAGAUUAUAGAACACAACCACUGAGCUUCUGAACCUGUGUAUAACUCAAAAUUUUUAAUGUGAUUUUAGGGAUCAUGUCAGGGUGGAGGUGUCAUCUGUCUGGACCAGAGCCUUUGUGGUCCUGAGGAGACUGGGGUUCUAUCCGAAGUGUUUGUUAAGGUGACUUGGUGGCAUCCAGUGUGCAGUGUUUAUGUUUUUUAGUAAGUAAAGAAAAUAGUAAAAAAUGGGUCAGAAAUGGUACAUUGUACGGUCAUAAUUGGUACACGGUAACUGGGUUUAGACAAUAAGAUUAAAGACAAUAAAGUUUGAGACAUCAGCAGGAAGCCGUGUAUUAUGGAUGAUCAUCUCAAGUGAACUUACAUUAAUUAAGACACAGCUCUAUUUUACAAUAGCAUAAGCAUAAUAAUCAAUAUAUGAAUUGUUCAAUUCGCCGAUUAUCUGGGGUAUUUUUAGUUUGAGGUGAGGAACUGAACCAUUUUCCUGCAACCUAAGUAUCAUUGUUAU